CACACACACACAGAUAACAGGGAUAAUCUGGUGUUAUGUGAAGCAAACAACUUUCCUCUAACUCCCAUGACGUUUUUGAAGAGGGCUUCGGAAUGUUAUCCAAACCAAACUUCCAUAAUCUAUGGACAAACACGUUUCACUUGGCCUGAGACCUAUGAACGUUGCCGUCGUCUCGCUGCCUCUCUCCUCUCUCUUAACAUCGCCCGAAACGAUAUUGUCUCCAUUUUGGCCCCAAACGUACCUGCAAUGUACGAGAUGCAUUUUGGCGUUCCCAUGACCGGAGCCGUACUUAACCCUAUCAAUACACGUCUCGAUGCCAAAACCAUAGCCAUCAUCCUCCGCCACGCCCAGCCAAAGAUCUUAUUCGUGGACCACGAGUUUACUUCUUUGACCCGAGAAGCUCUUCGUCUCCUACCUUUUGACGACUCACAACCUCACCCACUUAUCAUAUCCAUUGAUGAGAUCGAUUCCACUGGAAAGCCUUCCUCCACCAAGGAGUUAGACUACGAGGGACUCAUUCGUAGAGGAGAUCUUAAAACUUCUUCGUCCGAAAGUAUGUUCCGUGUCCACAAUGAAAACGAUCCUAUUUCUCUGAACUACACAUCUGGCACUACGGCUGACCCAAAAGGUGUAGUUAUUAGCCACCGAGGAGCGUACUUGAGCGCUUUGAGCUCGAUUAUGGGAUGGGAAAUGGGGAUGUCCCUGGUCUACCUCUGGACUCUACCUAUGUUUCAUGCCAAUGGAUGGACGCACACUUGGUCCGUGGCUGCACGUGGCAGCACUAAUGUUUGCGUAAGGCACGUGACUGCCCCAGAGAUCUUUAAGAACAUAGAUUUGCAUGGCGUGACGCACAUGUCUUGCGUUCCUACGGUUUUUAGAAUUCUCCUAGAAGGAGGUCGAAAUGGCUGGUCACACAAGUCCCGACCUGUUCAAGUGUUGACCGGAGGUUCAUCACCACCGGCUACACUUCUUGAGAAGGUGAAGCGGUUGGGGUUCCAAGUGAUGCAUGGCUAUGGGCUUACGGAGGCCACCGGUCCGGUUCUCUUUUGUGAGUGGCAAGAUGAGUGGAACAGACUACCACAGCAUCAACAGAUGCAGCUGAAAGCAAGGCAAGGGGUAAGAAACAUAACCCUAGCGGAUGUUGAUGUGAAGAACACGACAACUCAGGAGAGUGUCCCACGGGACGGGAAGACAAUGGGAGAGAUUGUCAUUAAAGGGAACAGUGUAAUGAAAGGGUAUCUAAAGAACCCUAAAGCGACAUCUGAAGCGUUUAAACACGGAUGGCUCAACACGGGAGACAUAGGUGUGAUUCAUCCAGAUGGGCACGUAGAGAUCAAAGAUCGAUCCAAAGACAUCAUCAUCUCGGGAGGUGAGAACAUAAGCAGUAUUGAAGUCGAGAAAGUUAUUUACGAGUACGAGAAAGUGCUCGAAACUGCGGUCGUGGCCAUGCCUCAUCCUCUGUGGGGUGAAACCCCGUGUGCGUUUGUUGUUCUAAAAAAAGGUGAGACUAAUCAAGGACACCGUGAAGAGGAAAUAGUCACCAGAGAAAGAGAUUUGAUUGAGUAUUGUCGUGACAAUAUGCCGCAUUUUAUGUGUCCAAGGAAGGUGGUGUUCUUUCAAGAGCUGCCAAAGAACAGUAACGGAAAGAUUCUUAAGUCUAAGUUGAGAGACAUCGCUAAGGCUUUGCCAAUCGAUGAGGACAAUGCUGGUUCCAAGGAAGUUAAUGGACACGGUCUUAGUCACGUUAGUUCUAAGUUAUAAGGUUAUGGUAUCAUUUAUCAUUUUAGUUCUAUAUAUAUGUGUGUUUGGACUGAUAUUUUUCUUAGUUUGCGCGUAUAGAUACAAUUAAAUCUAAGCUAAAGAAAAGAUAAAUUAUUAAAAAGAGGAAAAUAUUUGGUGAAUGUUGUGAACAAUCAUUAUCAAUACUUGAUAAAAUCGAGAUAUCGUUGGAGG